AUGGGACAGAUGGACAGGGAGAGUAAUGAAUCUCGUGGCUUACUCGAUGGCUACACUUGGACCCUCGGACGAGGGCUUCUGAGUAGUAGUCUACAAGGCUGUCCGAUAAAAUCCUUGAAUUUCCAAGGUACCUGUGGUUUGGAUAUUCCCUUGUCCAGCGUUCUCACUGUCAACACUAUUGCAGACACUCUGUUGCCUGAAGCAGUUAUGGUUUAA